AUGGCCGCCCCGCGUCAGUUCAACAACCCGGGCUUCACCCCCAACGGCGCCGCCCCCCUUCUCCCCAACCAGGGCCGUGUCAUCCAGACCGGUCCCAUCAGAGUUCUCUGCAUUGCCGAUGUCCGAGGCAACCUCAACUCCCUGAACGAGCUUGCCAAAUCUGCCCGCGCCGACCACAUCAUCCACACGGGUGACUUUGGUUUCUACGAUGAUACCUCCCUGGAACGGAUCGCAGAGAAGACCCUCAAGCACGUCGCCCAGUACUCUCCGCUGAUUCCAGAGCCCAUCAAAAAGUCGAUCCAACAAGGCGGCCCCGGUUCCGUCAAGAGCCGCUUUGCGCCCAGCGACCUUCCCCUCUCCGAGCUCUCUCUCCUGCUGAGCGGCGAUAUCAAGCUCGAUGUGCCCGUCUACACCGUCUGGGGCGCGUGCGAAGAUGUCAGGGUGUUGGAAAAGUUCCGGUCCGGCGAGUACAAGGUCAACAACCUGCACAUCAUAGAUGAGGCUCGGUCCAUGCUGCUCGAGCUCGGAGGUGUCAAGCUGCGUCUCCUUGGUCUCGGUGGCGCCGUCGUUAUGCACAAGCUCUUCGACAACGGCGAGGGACGGACGACGAUCGCCGGUGGUCAAGGUACCAUGUGGACCACGCUCCUGCAGAUGGGCGAGCUCGUCGACACUGCUCACCGCGUCUAUGACCCGACUGAGACGCGCGUCUUCGUCACCCACGCCUCGCCUGCGCGCGAGGGUAUCCUGAACCAGCUGUCCGUCACACUGAAGGCCGAUUUCUCCAUCUCCGCCGGUCUGCAUUUCCGUUACGGAAGCUCCUACAACGAGUUCAGCGUCAACCCGACCCUCGAUCACUAUCGCGGCAAGCUGGCUGCCUCCAAGGCGUCCUUCAACGACGUGUGGGAGACGGUCAAGAGCGAGGUGGAGCCUGCUAUUUCUCAAAACGAAGCCCAACAGAACCUCCUUAAGAACGCUCUGGCUAUCGUUGAGAAGAUGCCCUCGACUGCUGCCGGUGGCAAUCCCUUCGGCGGCCCCGUCCAAGGCCAGGCUCAGCUGGGACAGGUCGAUGAGAGCGCUUUCAAGAACAUGUGGAACUUCAACCUGGCGGACGCUGCCUUUGGCUGGCUUGUCCUCGAGAUCCAGGACGGAAGGAUCGGAACGGAGAUGCGCGCACAAGGCUUCAACUUCUCCCAUAGGGGUGCGAAGCAGCAGCCCGGCGCCGCCCUUGCUGCUCCUCAGUCUGUCUCCAACGCUAUGCCUGCCCCUCCCGCGACCCAGAGCACCGCCCCUCCCCCCACCAGCCGCCAGCCUUCGCAGGCCGCCAGCAAGCCAACAGUGGCUACGCCCGCCGCCGCACCGAAGCCCGGCACUCCUCAGCCGGCCGCCGCCCCCUCCGGUCCCGCCAAGGAACAGGAGAAGCCCGCCGCCCCGGCGGCUGCCAACGGAUCGACGAACGGACCGGAGCCCGUGUCGUCGCCUGCGCCCAAGACCCCCGCGCAGGAUAUCAUUGGUCUCUUCGUCAUGAACGUCAACUCGGAGGAGCAGACGAAGGAGCUCUUCGACCCUGAGUACAGGGGCAAGAUCACCAAGAUUGAGAAGUGGGGCAACUCGAACAAGGUCGUGCAGUUCGCCAGCGCCGAGGACCGUGACGCCGCCCUCAACAGUCUACCUGAGGACCUGAAGACGCGUGCCCAAGAGGACCGCUCGCGCCCUCUGGUGAAGAUCUUUAUCCACCGCGAGAGCAAGUUUGCCCCGCGCGGCGGUGCUGGUAGCUGGGGAAGCAGCCGCGGCGGUGCCGGUUCUGCCAACACGGGUAGUGGUUACCGCAGCGCAGGUGGGAGCUAG